GGUAAAGACGUUAUAUUUAUCGAUAAAGCUAAUCUAUGGUAGGGCGCGAUUUAGGGCGCAUGGCAUGUGGAGUAUCAAGGAAUGUGGAGAUAAAUGAUUAAAUAUGAUCUGAUAAAUUAUCCAUCCCACGAUCGACUUAUCUAUGUCUCCUCCGGCUUGAUAACCAAAAAAAUAAACGGUUCAUUACUGCGUAACACUUCCAGAGUGACUCUUAUAUGUCCAUUCCACCCAUUGUCCAAUUUACCAUGGAUCCCAGCUCUAUAUCACUUCCCGUAGCUGGACCGAAAGACCUGCCAUGACCGUAUCAAAGCAAAG